AUGCCACUCAUCGAAGAAAAGGCUCACCCAAAUGAAUCAUCUGAACCCAACAUUGCGGAUGAGAAGAAAAGCACAUCACCGGAAACAGAGGUUGAGGACAAGCCGUUUCCGUUCUUUGGCCUGCUUUGCUACGCUGAUGCACUAGAUUGGCUGCUCAUGGUGUCGGGGACCAUGGGUUCCUUCGUGCAUGGCAUGGCGCCUUCAAUGUCGUAUUACAUACUCGGGAAAACUCUCGACGUGAUCGGGAGCAACAUAGGCAAUAAGGAGGCCAUAGUCCAUGAACUCUCUAAGUUAAUUCCGUAUAUGUGGUUCUUGGCAAUUGUUACCCUUCCUGGUGGAAUGAUUGAAAUUGCAUGUUGGAUGUAUACAAGCCAGAGGCAAAUGGCACGCAUGCGGAUGGCAUAUCUGAGAUCAGUGCUCAGUCAAGAUGUUGGAGCUUUCGACACUGACUUAACCACUGCAAACAUCAUAGCUGGAGCAACCAACCACAUGAGUGUCAUACAAGAUGCAAUUGGUGAAAAGGUAUCGAUUUUACUUUUAGAAUAUUUACUACAAGAUUCACUAAUCCGAACAGAAGCACUAAAGAUGGGUCACUUUCUGUCAAACUUCUCUACAUUCUUAGUCGCUAUCAUUGUUGCCUUCGCAUGCUGCUGGGAGGUUGGCAUGCUCUCUCUGCUAGUUGUUCCAAUGCUCCUCGUGGUUGGAGCAACAUAUGCGAAAACGAUGAUUGGCAUGUCCAUGACAAGAAUAUCUUUCGUCUCUGAAGCAACCACUGUUGUCGAACAGACUCUUUCGCAUAUCAAGACUGUCUUCUCAUUCGUUGGAGAAAAAUCGGCAAUCAAAUCCUUCAUCAAAUGCAUGGAUAACCAAUAUACGCUAAGCAAGAAAGAGGCGAUGGUAAAAGGUCUAGGUUUGGGAAUGUUACAGAUUGCAACUUUCUGUUCAUAUUCAUUGGUAAUCUGGGUUGGAGCAGCUGCUGUAACUAGAAGAAAAGCGAAAGCGGGUGAAACAAUUGCUGCUGUCAUUAAUGUCCUCUCUGGUGCAAUAUAUUUAUCAAAUGCAGCACCAGAUCUUCAGGCCUUCAGCCAAGCAGAAGCUGCUGGGGAAGAAGUAUUUAAGGUUAUCAAAAGAAAUCCAGCGAUAAGUUACGAAUCAAACGGAAAAAUCUUAGAAAAGGUAACUGGAGAUAUAGAAAUACAAGAGGUACAUUUCACGUAUCCAUCCCGUGAUGACAAGCUUGUUCUCCAAGGCUUCUCGCUGGCUAUACAGGCAGGCAAAGUUGUAGCUCUGGUGGGGAGCAGUGGAUGUGGGAAGAGCACAGUGAUUUCUCUAGUUCAAAGGUUCUAUGAUCCUAUAUCAGGUGCAAUUCUUAUUGACGGUCAAAAUAUUAAAGAUCUUGAUCUGAAGUCCCUGCGGAGAAAUAUAGGUUCAGUCUCUCAAGAACCAUCACUCUUUUCUGGUACUGUCAUGGAUAAUUUGAGAAUUGGCAAAAUGGAUGCAACUGAUGAAGAGAUAAUUGAAGCAGCAAAAACAGCUAAUGUGCACUCUUUUAUAUCCAAACUUCCAAACCAAUACUCAACCGAGGUAGGAGAAAGAGGUGUACAGUUAUCAGGGGGGCAGAAGCAAAGAAUAGCAAUUGCAAGGGCCAUUCUAAAAGAUCCACCAAUUCUUCUUCUUGACGAAGCGACAAGUGCACUUGAUUCUGAAUCAGAGAGGAUAGUUCAGGAAGCUCUUGACAGAGCUAUGCAAGGGAGGACAGUUAUCUUGAUUGCCCACAGAAUGUCAACAAUCAUAAAUGCAGACAAGAUUGUUAUUGUAGAGAAUGGAAGAGUAGCUCAAUCUGGAACACACAAAGAGUUGCUGGAUACAAGUGCAUUCUACUCAAGUGUUUGCAGUAUGCAAAAUCUAGACAAGGAUUCUGGCAAGAGCGACACAAGAUUUACUGGUCAGGUCAAACAAGAAAAAGAAGAGGAAGCAGAAGAUGGAGCAUACAACAAAGCAUAUUUCACUACAAGUGAACAAGAGAAAAAACUAGAACUGACCUUAGAGCAACCAAAGCAAGCGAUCAGAAAGAGAACAUCUGCUUUCUACAGAAUAUUCCUUGGGACUUUUAAACUGGUACCGGGGAAGGUUUUGAUAGGCUCCACAGCAGCAGCGGUCUCUGGGAUCUCAAGGCCUAUAUUUGCUUUCUACAUCAUGACAGUCGGCAUGGCAUACCUUGAACCUGACGCAAUGAGAAUAGUCAGCAAGUACUCGGUAACUUUGUUUCUCAUCGGGUUGCUGACAUGUUUCAGUAACAUCUUCCAGCACUAUAUAUAUGGCCUGGUUGGUGAAAGGGCAAUGAAUAACCUAAGGGAGGCCCUCUUUUCAGUCGUUCUUCGGAAUGAAAUGGGUUGGUUUGAACAACCCAAGAACAGCGUCGGCUUUCUAACCUCGAGCAUCAUCGGUGACACCUCCAUGAUUAAAACCAUCAUAUCUGAUCGAAUGUCUAUCAUUGUUCAAUGUAUCUCUUCAAUCUUGAUAGCCACAGGGUUGAGCACAGUAGUGAGCUGGAGGAUGAGUCUAGUUGCAUGGGCUUUGAUGCCAUGCCACUUCAUUGCUGGCCUUGUACAAGUCAGGUCAGCAAAAGGUUUUGCCACUGACUUCUCUACGUCUCACCGGAAGCUAAUCGCCCUUACCUCGGAGGCUGUUAGCAACAUUCGCACCGUGGCAUCUUUUGUUCAGGAAGAGGAAAUACUAAAGAGAGCAGAUUUAUCACUGCAAGAACCAAUGCGGACCAGCAGGAUAGAGAGCAUAAAGUAUGGCGCAAACCUAGCAACAUUCAAAGAUUGUGUACGAUCAUACCAGGCAUUUGCAAUGACAAUACCUUCCAUUACAGAGUUAUGGUCCUUGAUCCCUAUGGUCUUGUCAGCCAUCGCAGUAUUGGAUCCUGCACUUGACAUGCUCGACAGAGAAACACAGAUUGUGCCAGAUGAGCCAAAGGUGCACUCUCAAGACAGAUUUGCAGGUAAGGUUGAGUUUCAAGAAGUCAGUUUCAGCUAUCCCUCAAGGCCAGAAAUGAUCGUACUAAAUGGCUUCAAUCUAGCUAUUGAACCAGGACAAAGGGCCGCAUUGGUCGGCCCAAGUGGUUCAGGGAAAUCCACAGUGUUGGCUCUUCUGCUAAGAUUCUAUGACCCUUGCGAAGGACAAGUACUUGUUGACAGUAAGGACAUCAGAGACUACAAUCUGAGGUACCUGAGAAAGCAGAUCGGACUAGUUCAGCAAGAGCCAAUCUUGUUCAACUUGUCUAUAAGAGAGAACAUCAACUAUGGAAACGAAGGUGCAUCAGAAUCGGAAAUGAUCGAGGCUGCAAUGGAGGCAAACAUCCAUGAGUUCAUCAGUGGCCUGUCAAACGGGUAUGACACUCUGGUUGGGGAUAAAGGAAGCCAACUUUCUGGAGGCCAGAAGCAGAGGAUUGCGAUUGCAAGAACUAUACUGAAGAGGCCCGCCAUUCUGCUACUGGAUGAGGCAACAAGUGCUCUAGAUGGUGAAUCUGAGAGGGUAGUAAUGAGUUCCCUGGGCGCAAAAGAAUGGAAAAACAAAGGUGAGCUUUCAAGCAAGAUCACAAGUAUCACAAUUGCACAUAGACUGUCCACAGUCACCAGCGCAGAUUUGAUUGUCGUGAUGGAUGAAGGUAAGGUGGUCGAGAUGGGAAGCCAUGAAACAUUAAUCUCAUCAAGCAAUGGUGCUUACUCGAGACUGUACCAUAUGCAAAGCAAAGGAAUGCAUGACUAA